AUGGGCUCGGAUAAUCUUCGACCCGGCCUCUUUCGUGAGACGACGGCUGACGGCCGAUCCAGCGAGCCCCUGCUGUCGAAGCCCGACUCGGAAGGGCGAGACUUGGACGACAAGGACGUCGAGAGAGGCCGAUCCUCGCGAUCCUCGGGCGACGGACUCUCUGGCGCGUCCAACUCUGCCUCUGCCUCUGCCUCUGCCUCUGCCUCUGGGCCUCUGUACUCGUACUCGUACGACUCCCCCGCGCCCCGACCGGCCAUGACACGACGCUCGACGAUGCGCAGCCGCAGCCCCGGCCAAUUGGCCGCCUCGUCGGCUCGCAAGAAGUACACGUACGCCGCCUUCUUCCUGGUGCUGAGCCUGGUUGCCUUUUGCGUGCAGACGGAGCUGAGCGCCUACAUCCAGGGCGACCUGGGCUGGGACAAGGCCUACUGCAUGAUGUUCUUCACGCACAGCUCGUGGGUGCUGAUGUGGCCGGCCCAGCUGCUCAUCCUGCGGCUGCAGAAGCGGGAUAUGCCGUGGCCGGCCUUUUGGAGGCGCCACCUGCAGCUGGUCAGGUCGACGGCGCUCAUGGUCGAGCUGCAGACGCUCGACGUCUUUGGCCUGCAGCGGCCCGCGUCCAAGUCUGUCCGCUACCUGGCCCGCACCACGGCCUUUAUCACGACGGCUCUGACCGUGGCCGGCUUGAGCUGGUAUGUCGCCGUCAGCCUCACCACGCCAUCCGACCUCACCGCCAUUUACAACUGCUCUGCCUUCUUUGCCUACGCCUUCUCCGUGCCUCUGCUCAAGGAGCCGCUGCGCAUGGACAAGUCGGUUGCCGUCAUCAUCGCCAUCGUUGGCGUCCUAGUGGUGGCCUAUGGCGAUACCGGCUCUGGCCCCUCGUCUGCCGACGGCCAGAGCCAGAGCCAGGGCGAGGGCGAGGGCGACGUGGAUGCCGGCAGCCGCUUCCUGGGCAACAUUGUCAUUGGCAUUGGCUCCGUGCUCUACGGCCUGUACGAAGUCUUGUACAAGCGGUUUGCCUGCCCUCCCGACGGCUGCUCCCCUGGCCGGGGCAUGAUUUUCGCAAACACGUUUGGCUCUUGCAUUGGCCUCUUCACCAUCUCCGUGCUUUGGAUCCCCCUCCCCAUCCUGCACUGGCUCCGGUGGGAGAUUUUCGAGAUUCCCAACGCCUCGACGUGCUGGCUCAUCCUGUUUGCUGUCCUUUCCAACGCCACCUUUAGCGCGUCGUUCCUCAUCCUCAUCUCGCUGACGUCGCCCGUGCUCUCCUCCGUCGCUGCCCUUCUGACCAUCUUCAUCGUUGCCAUUGCGGACUGGUUCAUCACGGGCCAACCGUUGAGCCCGGCGGCCGUGAUUGGCGGCUCCAUGAUCAUCGUCGCUUUCGGGGCGCUCAGCUGGAGCACGUACCGCGAGAUGAUGGAGCUUGAGAUGGAGAAGCGGAGGGUGGAUCUGGCUGACAGCGAUGAGGACGGCGACUUGAGCAGCCAUGAAGACUGA